UCACAUAUUUCCACCGUUGACCACCAAGCCUCGUCGGAGAGCGAGAAGCCAUGGAAGUAGCCAUCGUCGAAAGGGCAUGCACAAAGCUCAGAGCCAUCGUUAGCGAGACCACCCCCGGCCUGCAGGAAAUGCUGGAGGCGCUGGAGGCCAUGCAGCCGGCGCUGGAGGAUGCCAAGAGGGAGUCGGUGGACGAGGAGGCGGGGCGGGCAUGGCUCAGGCGGCUCAGGACCGCCGCCCACGACAUCUCACACAUGGUCGACGAGCAAAAGAUGACAGAGACUGCAGCUGAGAAUGUUAUCAUGGCGAAGAAGAUGAAAGAAAUGAUAGCAAAACUUAGCAAGAUGAAGCAGGAUGAUUUUUUCAAGCAAGUCAAGCAGGAAUCGUCUGAUGUGUCCAGUUUGAUGACCAUCGAUGAAGACAACGAUUCAGAAGCUGAAACAAGGACAGAGGCUCAAGAAGUUGAAGAACAUAUAGUAGGAAGGAUUGAGGAUAAGAGAAGGAUAAUGGCUACGCUACCUGCCAGCGGCACCAUCAUCCUUCCCCUCGUUGGAGUUGGAGGCAUAGGCAAGACAAAAUUGGCACGUGAAGUCUUCAAUGAUAGCCAGUUCAAAGGGUACAACUUCCGUGCAUGGUUGGAUGUCUCGGAAAAAUUUGACUUGCUUGAAAUAGGGAAGUCACUGCUUUUUCUAGCUUCAGGAGAAGAGGGGUUUGGCCCUGAUUCAGAUAGGAAGAAGUAUAUAACGGAGCGUCUUCAUGGCCUGUAUAAUGGUAUGAAGGUACUAGUUGUGUUAGAUGGCGUGGGGGAGGCGCCGGGGGACUCCAGUGAGUGGAGGAACUUCAAGCACAUGCUACGUGUGGGCGGGAAGGGCAGUAAGGUGGUCGUGAUAGUGACGACAUGCAGCCAAACCAUCGCCAAGAAAAUCUGUACUGUCAAACCACACAUGCUGAACCCCCUGACUGAUGAUACUUGCUGGACAAUAGUCAAGCAAACAAGUGGAUUUAACGAUCAAUCCGAUAAAGAAGAGUUGGAGCAUAUCGGACGGCAGAUUGCAAGCAAGUGCAAGGGUCUACCAUUGGCAGCUAAAAAACUUGGGCGCUUGCUACAGUCGAAAGAUGCUAGAAGAUGGUCCGCGGUGAUGGAUAGUGCUGCCUGGAACGAUGAUGUGACAGAGAAACCCGGUUGUCUUGGUUUUCUUCGCAAGAAGAAUCCCAUGGCCAACGGGGUGGAGACGAUGGAGGCAAAACUGGAGAUGAUAAAGGAUGAGUUGGACAGGCACGGUUCCGAUGACUCUAAUCAAGAAGAUAUUAUUUGGGCGAUUUCUUCCAUCCUCGAGCAAGACAUGGAUGUAACAGAAACAACACCAAAGGUUGAAGAUCCAAGGAUUUUAGGAAGGGGUGAGGAUAAAGAAAGUAUCCUGGCUGAGCUCUCUGCGAGCAAUAUCAGAGAAGGGCUUGUCAUCCUUCCCAUCGUUGGACUCGGAGGCAUAGGAAAGACGGCCUUGGCACAAAUUGUUUUCAAUGAUACCCAAUUCAAAGAAUAUAAUUUUCAUGCCUGGGUCCAUGUCUCACCGAAAUUUGACUUGCUUGAUAUAGGCCGGUCAUUGGUUUCUCUAGCCAUGGGAGAAGAGCCCCAUGAUUCACAUGGCAUCGAGUAUGUAUCGAAGCGCAUUCAACACCUGUAUAAUGGUAUGAAGGUACUCAUUGUUUUGGAUGACCUGUGGGAGGAGGAUUCUGAUAAGCUGGAGCGCUUGAAGAGCAUGUUUAAUCCAGAUGGGAAGACCAGCAAGGUGAUUGUGAUAGUAACCACAUGCAGUGAAGGUGUUGCGAGGAAAAUUUGUACUGUUCAACCAUACAAGCUAAAUCCUUUGACUCGAGAAAAUUGCUGGACAAUAAUCGAGCAAACAAGUGGCUUUGAUGGUAGAGAAGACAAAGAGGAGGUUAGGAAGUUAGGAUGGCAAAUUGCUGGAAAUUGUGGUGGUCUACCUCUAGCAGCUCAAAAACUUGGGGUCUGGCUAUCCGACGAAGAUUCUGAAGAAUGGUUAAAAAUGUCAGUGAUUGGUAUCUGGAUUUCAUUUCAAUGCUUAGUGUUAACCUACAGACGUCUGCCACUAAAUCUGAGGUUAUGCUUUGCUUAUUGUGCCAUCUUUCCAAAGGGUCACAAUAUAGUCAAGGAUGACUUGAUUAAUCAAUGGACUGCUCUCGAUCUUAUUCAUCCAUCGGGUAAUGCCAAAAAGCUCGCCGAGGAGUAUAUCGGAACGCUUUUGGACAUAUCAUUCCUUCAAACUGCAAAGUCGUCUUUGACUAGUGGUAAGGAUGGCAACGCUGGUGCGGUCUUGCUCACUAUGCACGAUCUGGUGCAUGGCCUUGCAAUGGCAGCUGUUGGUGAAGAGUUUGUCAGUGAGGAGUUCAUUGCUGUUGCUCGUGCAAUGGAUUCGUCUCACCCGAACGAAUAUUGCCGCUAUGCACGGCUUACCAACUCUUGUGACAGGCCACCAGGUCUGUUGUCGGCCGCCCAGCUAAGUGCGCUAUACUGCAGCAAAAUGGAUUUCGGUGACAGUAGUUAUCAAUUGCCCUAUCCAAACUGGAACCUGCGUGUCUUGUAUUUCCAGGAGAGCCCCAUGCAGAAGCUGCCAAAUUUUGUCUGUCAACAGGGUCAGUUGGGUCAUCUGAAUUUAUCAGGCUGCUCCAGUCUAACAGCUCUACCAGAUUCAUUUGAGACUCUAUUAAAUUUGCACCAUAUCAACCUAUCAAGUUGCUCUGGACUGGUUAAUCUGCCGCAAUCAUUUGGGAAGCUAAUAAAACUGCAGCAUGUGGACCUAUCAGGUUGCUUUGGACUACAAGAACUGCCGGAAUCAAUUGGAAAGCUAACAAAAUUGUUGCAUAUGUAUCUAUCAGCCUGCUCUGGGCUAGUGCACCUACCAGAGUCAUUUUGUGAUCUAAGAAGUUUAAUCCAUCUCAGUUUAUCAGACUGCACCCGACUAAAAACUCUACCAGAGUCAUUUGGUGAUCUAAUAAGUUUGCUGCAUAUCAAUUUAUCACGCUGCCAUCAACUAGUAAAACUGCCAGAAUCAUUUGGGGAACUCAGACAACUGGAACAUCUGGACUUAUCAUUCUGGUCUUGUUUUGGAGGGAUCAAGGAAAUUCUUCGCGGCCUUACAAAUCUCAAACAUUUGAACUUGUCACACCCCUGUUGCUUUCCUACUGAACCCCAAUCACUUCUCGAAGGGCUGAUAAAUGUUGUGGGCGAGCUCACCAAACUCAAAUAUCUAAACUUAUCGAUGUUCCUUUCUCCUAUACUUGGCUACCAGCCAGGGGAAGAAAGUUUGAAAUGCAUUGAGUAUAUCUGUGAACUUUCUGAACUGGAGCAUUUGGACUUAUCUCACAACAUGUUCCUUUAUGAUCUACCAAAAAGACUAGCUGAGUUUACAAGCCUAUGUACACUAGACCUCUCAAACUGCAUUAGACUGAAGAGCAUAGACAAAAAGAUAGGUGAAAUGGGUUCAAUGAAAUUGAUUGUUGUGAGGAACUGCCGUGGUCUGGAGAGUUACCCUUUUAUGGUUCGGAGUGAUGAUGGACGAUACAGCAGCAACCUGGGCCAGCUAGAGGAUGUAAGUUGUAAAGAACUUGAGAUUAGCUGCCUUGAGAAUGUGAAAUCUGUACUGGAAGCACGUCGCACAAGGAUGGCGAGGAAACAAAAGCUCGAGAAGUUGGUACUUUGUUGGACUGAGGGCUGCCGUGUAUCGGUGGAUAGCAAUGCUUUGUUGGGAGAACUACUUCCAUUCGCACCGUGUAAUAUGCGGUGCCUUGAGCUGCAUGGUUACAACGGCACAGAUCUUCCAACCUGGACCUCUUCCGCUGAGUCCCCUGCCAUUGACGAACUGUUGGUUCGGAAAUGCCCCAAGUUGAGCUUUGUGCUUCCUCCUUCCUCAAAAGAGGGUAAACACCCCCGGUCUCUGCACGGACCUGGAGCCCGAAGGUUAGUGAUAUCAGAUAGCGACCAAUUGAUGGGGCACACAGGGCAUCUCCUUGCUACUCCAACUGAGCUGGUGGUCGAAAGUUGCAAGGUGCCGCUGGGCGACUGGAGUUUGCUUCACCACCUACCAGGCCUAAGUAGGUUAAAAAUAAAGGAAUGCCACCAUUUAACUAUCGGCUCACCAGGGAUCAGCAGGAUCCCAUCCACCCUCCAGUCCAUCUGUUUCUCCUGGUGUGACAACUUAAGCUCACUUCCAGAAUACUUGGGUGAGCUCACAGGUCUCCAUGAAUUGAAGAUUAAGCACUGUAAAAAGCUCACUUCUUUGCCAGACGGAAUGAAGCUCCUCACAUCCCUUCAGACCUUGCAUCUUAUUGAAUGUGAGAGCAUGGGAAAACUCCCUGAAUGGUUUGGAAGCCUAACCUCUCUUGAGAAGCUGACCAUCGACAAAUGCCCGGGCAUUAAAACUUUGCCUGGUAUAGACAAACUCAAAAAACUCAAGGAUCCAGUCAUUGAGAAAGAUACAGAAUUGAGGAAGUGGUGGGACGGAAAGGCCAAGAUGCUCGCGCCCAGCCAGCCAAAAACUGAGGAGAACCCUACAGGCAAGAAUAUCAAAAGGGCCGGGUCUCGGCUGCACAGGAGCACGUCUCAGCUCCCUCAGACUGAACCAACGCGCUGAUGAGUUGCACAACUCUAGGGCCUGAACUGAUUUGCAGGCGAAAACCGUGAUUGUUGCAGCAGUUAGCAGCUACAGCUUUGCCCAGGACAUAUAUAGCUCACACAUGAGAAGGGCAUGACUCCAAAACUAAAAUAUAGCUGCAGGUUUGAUAAACAGAAGCUAAACAAAUCAGAGAUUAUUCUAGGCUAUCUCAGUCCAGCUUGCUGAGAUCGUUGUCGUUGCAUUAUUCACAGUGCCUGAAACUUGGCUUGUAUUUUUUUCCAUGGUUUAUUGGGUUGAAUCAUUCUUCUCAUCGUUUCCUUGUGUUUUAUUUAAUGAAAAUGACUGCAUUAUAAAGUAGAGGCCCCCUUUUUAGGGGAAACUUGAUGCCUUUUUGUAUUAGGGUUGCUUUAUUACACCCCUUUCAGAAAAUUAAAAAGGGAAAUCUUGUCUUUUAUUA